GACGCCGAUAUACGCGGGAAGAGAGACAAAAAAAUUGAAAUAGUUUGAUCUUUAACAACAUUGCGUUAUUUUAAAAACAAAAUGGUGCGCACUAAAGCAGACGGUGGUGGUGGAUCCUCUGGUUCAAGGAAAGCUGUUGGAGGCAGUGCUCCGAGAAAAGCACUUGGUGGAGCAGGAUCAAGUUCAGCUGGUGCAUCGCCAUCAGGUAAAAAUGCUAAAUAUGGUGGUGGAAACCCAGCAAUCCAGCGCCCCACCCCUGACUGGCAGAAAGGAAUUGGUUCCUUCCUAUCACCUGGAAAGUCAAAAGUGGACAAAGAGAAUGCUCAACCCAGUGAUGAUGUAGAAAUUACAGGAUCUAGUGAGGCAGGAUGCAGUAAAGACAUAGAGGCAGGAUCAAGCAAGGACAGUUAGUACGAGGCUUUCACUCAGAAUAAAACAAACACUGUUAACUACAUGUAUGUGCCAAUGUUUCCCAUACAACUGAUGAACAGAACAUUGUAGUCCAAUGAAAUGAUGGAAAAUACUGAAUGAACUAUUUAAUACCAGGAAGUGAUUAGACUGAGAAACGUGUGUGCUAUACCAACGGUUGUGCAUCAAAAUCCAGUGACUUUUUAAUGCACCAAACCAAACAAUCUGAAAGUAAAUGCCCAAUCAAUGCAUUGUUUCAAGCCGAAUGUGUUCAUUUUUACAUGUCUUCUUGUCAGAGAAAAAUGUAAGCUUUCGUUUGUGUCAAGAACAGCUAAAUUGAUAUGUGUACAAUUUGUUAGAUUGUAGUAUUAUAAAUGCUAAAGAUUGCAACUGAACACAUUAUAUUCUCCCAUAUAAUUAUGAUGAAUAUGAUUUUAUAGCCCAUAUAUACAUAGAAAAAAAGUGAAUUAAUAUAUAUGGAAUUACCCAAAGGAUGGAGUGCAACUUUUAUCUCGGUCUGCAAUUUAUGCUGAAUGGACAUGACUUUUUGAAAAGUAUUUCUGUGUUUUAAAUUCAAUUUAUGAAAAUGUAAAGAUUAUUCUGUGGCAGUCGCAGUUUGAUGCAUAUUCAUUUAUCAGAUGUAUUUUGUUAUAUUCAAUAGAUUGAAGAAGUUCUUCAUUUAACAUUAAGCAUUUUGUAACUUACGCUCAAAUAAAAUUUGUAUUUUAUUGA